UCUGAAGGCUUUAUCAAGUGUACACAACAAUGUAACAAGUGUCAUAAUCUCGCGGGGAAAAUGUCCAGCAAAAGUACCUCCGACGCUGAGUUGCGGACUUAUGGCGUCCGUUGGUAUUUGUUGUCCGUUGUUUCGAUCCACUGCUGCUUACAGAAUGCUGUGUGGGCCGAGUUUCCGCCCAUUGCCCAGUCAGCUAAGCUCGUCUACGAUUGGUCAGAUUCUGACAUCAACAUGACUUUGAAUUAUGGGAAUAUUGGCGCCAUAGUUCUACUUUUGCCCGUGACGUGGAUUGUUUAUGCUAAAGGAAUGAGGCAUGCGAUGGUUCUCAGCACCCUUUUGACGGCCUUUGGAACAGCGUUUAAGAGUCUACCGGUCAACACCCACAUAAAUUCUUGGUUGAUUCCGAUUGGACUGUUUUUGAACGGUUGCGCGGGAGCUGUGACGUCAGUGGGAGCAACAGUCCUAUCAGAGUCUUGGUUCCCGCCCACCCAAAGAACGACUGCCACGGUGUUCUACCUCGUGAGUGCGGCAGUGGGAGGGUCAUUAGUCUUCAUAGUAGGCCCCGCUGUCGUUCCAGAACCAGUCGUAAGAUGUGGCAAUGUAACGUGGACAACCAAAAAGAACUUGAAUUGCAGUGCACAAAAUAAAACUUAUAUAAACUUUCAAGAGGUGAAAGACCGGCUGGCGUUGUUGAAUUAUACAGAAUGCGGUUUCGCGGUGAUACUAUUUCUCUUUGUUUUGUUUUACUUCCCCAACAAACCCGAACAUCCACCAAGUAUUACUGCCAAAACUCAGAGACUGGGAUUAUGGGAGGGAGUUAAAACAGCAGCCACACAGUGGAGGUUUUGGCACUUAGCGUUGUGCAUGGCGAUUCCCACAGCUGUAUAUGGGGUGUGGAUAACAACAGCGGAUGUUGUAUUGCAUCCUUUCGGAAUUCAUCAGACAGAAGCAGGCUGGAUGUCUUUUUCCGGUUCCAUGGGUGGGAUUCUUCUGGGAUUAGUCUUAUCCAGAUUGUCAGAUGUUUUACAUCGAAAGAUGAAGACCAUAAUGAUGGUGAUUUUCGGCAUGGCUACGCUGUUUUAUCUUCUGUUCAUUCUGAUGUUGAAGAAAGUGAUCCAUGAUGAACAGUGGUUGUUCUACUUUUCCUACAUCGCGGCUUGUGUACUGACCAGUGGCGCCCAGCCUCUGUACUAUGAGAUGACCUGUGAGAACCUCUUCCCUGUGUCCGAGGCGGUCAUCUCCGGCCUCCUGGCUUUCCUUAUGAAUAUAUGCAGUUCAGUGUUUCUCCUUUUGUCGCUUAUACCGGACCUUGGUAAUAUGUGGCCAAACUGGGCAGUGUUUGUGACGUCACUUCUGUCUGUGUUAGUGUUAUAUGUGUUCAGGGAGGAAUACAGAAGAUUGGACAUAGACUUACCGAUCGACCAAUCAGAUUUAACGAUCGACCAAUCAGACUUUCCGAUCCACCAAUCAGACUUACCGAUCCACCAAUCAGACUUAUCGCUCAACCAAUCAGAAUAUCGGAGGUUUUAAUAUAUCAGUGAAAUCACCAUCGCCACCGUAAAUAUCAUUAUCAUCAAGAGGAUGAAAAGAAGAGUUCGUAAAGUUUGACAUAAAGGAACGGAUCCUACAACUGAACACGUAAUGUGCAAAUCAUCCGUCAUGCAUCAGUGGCCCUGACUCUUCAACGUUUGGAGGUAGCGAGUAUUCCACUAAAACUCGCAUAAGACUAUGUUCUCCUAUUGAAGACGGGACAUAUCAUGAAAUUUUCUUGACGAUCCAAUGCAUUCUUCUGAAAAACACGGGAUUUGACCGACUCUGGAGUCUGCAGUGCGACCAUUAAUUACUUUAUCCAUUCCAUGAAACUCUUCUUCAGCAAAACAUACAUCUUCUAAAUCUAGGCACGGAUCUAUAGGAAGUAAGGGAAGUCCACUCCCUCCCCUUCCCCCGCCUCCCUAACGAGAUCGGUGAGAAAAUACAUAUUUUUGUUUAUUUUAAUGCCAUUUUAGUUGUAAAAGCCAUGUAUAUAUACCAGAUCUUAGAUUCCCUCCGGAGACAAGUUAUGGAUCCGGGUAUGUUCCUGAAAUUCUCAGUGAUAAAGAAUGACGGUAAAUAUAAGGAUUAGGAAUUCGUUGAAUUUUCAGGCACAUUACCACCACUAUGUAAGUUCUACGAAAAGACCAGCAUACUCUUGAACAGUUCAGACCAGUAUUUCCACGCAAAAAUGUAAUCAAAAAAGGGGGUGGGGAUAAAAUAAAAUCUUUGCGAGUUCAAA